UAUUUCUGAUUUCACCUUAGUGUUUUCCUUUUUUCCAAGUCAAUUUGUCCGUAUUUUUAGAUAGAAUUUUGAGUUAUAUUAUUGCUUAGUUAUUGAAUAGCGAUCAUGUCGGAAAAGCAAUACUUUGGGCCACUCACACUUCACCAGAAGAGCGAUAAUUUGUCGAUUUUGAAGAGCCAAGAAUCUUGCGAAUGUUCCUGUGUUUUAUGUGAUAAAAAGUUUACAUUACCUGCUGAAGAGAAGCCUUUACUGACUCAUCUAUUCAUGGAGCAUCGUUUAGUUAUCGCUGAUGUCAACCAAGUCGCCGAUUUACAAGCAUAUCUUUGCUAUUGGAGGUUACGAUUUAGAGAUGAGGGUCUCGGAUAUUUCUGCACUACAAUGCUGCUCGAUGACAAACCAGAUGGCACUAAGUCAAAAGAUGAGAAAUACUACCUGUUGAGCGAUGUUCUACCAGAGGACAAGGAGUUGAGGUCCAAUUUGCAACAGACCCGCAUAGAAAACAUCAUGAAGAGGCAUGAGUUUGAGCGAGAAGACAAGAAUUAUGAAAAAGAGUGUUUGUUUUGCCGCACCACACCGUCCGGCACCAGGGCUAUGUACUUGACUCAUUUGUAUGAGAAACACAACUUCCACAUUGCUAAACCCGAGAACCUUAUCUUCAUCGAUGAACUGGUGAACUUACUUGAAGCUAAACUGGAAAAUCUCCAGUGCAUCUUCUGUGAAGGACACUUCAAGGACAGAAACAUAUUAAAAGAACACAUGAGGAAGAAAGGACAUAAGAGGAUAAACCCCGAAAACAAGGAAUAUGAUAAGUUUUUUGUUAUAAAUUACAAUGGUGAUAAAAAGCAGACUUAUAAAAAGCAAGAAUAUGUAAAAAAGAGUGUAAAUAGUGUUAAGCCUAACAGUAGUAAAAAAGCAUCCUCACAGGAUGGCAUUCAAAAUAAUCAGACACAAAAAAAGAAUGUAGAUAAUGAUUCCAAUGUAGACAGUGAUCCUGAUUGGUCGGAUUGGACCGAAGACAGCGGUCCGUUGAUCACCUGCUUACUCUGUGAACACAAUGAGCAGGAAUUUGAAAAUAUUUUAGACCACAUGGAAAGAACCCACGACUUCUACUUUACAAAACUAACCGCACACAUAGACUUCUAUCACAAGAUCAAAAUAGUGAACUACAUCCGACGGCAAAUGCAUUUACGGCAGUGUUUAUCCUGUGAUACCAAGUUUGAUGAUUACAUGAACUUAGAAAAGCAUAUGAAGGAUAGUAAGCACAUGGUUUUAGUGAAAGAAAGGUGGGAUCAACCAGAGUAUUAUUUUCCCACGUAUGAAGAUGAUCUUUUUCUCUGCUUCAUCCAGGAUGAGGAUGAGAGUUGGUGGUCGACUGAUGAAGUCGAAGUGGAAAGGAGGAAUAGCAUGUCUGAUUGUAUAUCUAAAGAAAUGGCUCUAGCUGUGCUGAAAGAUAAUGAAUGAAAUCGUUUUUUUGUAUAUUGUAUAGUUUUAUAGUACAGGUUUAAUUUUCAAGUAGUUUUAUACUGCGUCAUUACAUAAUAAAUAGGUAAAAUGGUUAAGUGUAAUGUAUGCUAAAUUAAAUUUACCUAUGCGAUAUGGCACACCAAUGACUUAUCCUUUCAUCCUUUGGGAGCCACUGUGAACCCUGUCCGGUGAUAUUAUUUUUCACUGAUACGGUAAUAGAAUAAAUAAAUUAUAGCAAUAUUUAUUAUGUCAGUAUAAUAAUUUAAUACCUAUGUUGUUAUAUUUUCAAAUAUAAUUACUGUUUUUCAUUAUGCUCACUCAAUAUAAUUCUACCUAAACUUA